UGGCACGUCGUUUGUAUUUAGUGUUCCGGUGAGAAGUGAUAGGGGAGGUUGAUAAAGCGCUACUUUACUAAUCGCGGAUUUUCUUCAUUUUGAGAAGCCACCAAAAAGGUAAGAAAUGGCUCGUACCAAGCAGACGGCUCGUAAGUCCACUGGAGGAAAGGCGCCAAGAAAGCAGCUGGCCACAAAGGCCGCCAGGAAGAGUGCGCCCUCUACGGGCGGAGUGAAGAAGCCCCACCGUUACAGGCCUGGAACUGUGGCCCUGCGAGAGAUCAGGCGUUACCAGAAAUCCACAGAACUCCUGAUUCGAAAGCUUCCCUUCCAGCGAUUGGUGAGGGAAAUUGCUCAGGACUUCAAGACUGACCUGCGUUUCCAGAGUGCUGCAAUUGGUGCUCUUCAGGAGGCCAGUGAGGCAUACCUGGUUGGGCUGUUCGAAGAUACAAACUUGUGUGCCAUUCAUGCCAAGAGGGUGACCAUCAUGCCCAAAGACAUCCAACUGGCUCGCCGAAUAAGGGGAGAAAGAGCCUAAGUGAUGUUUUCAUCAAUGGGCAUAAAUGUCAGCGUAUUUAUCAUACUUGUAUACCACUUUGGACAUUUUACAGUUUCCUUCCUUUUUUGUAUUUAAAACAAGACUGAAGUCGCUGUAAUUAUCAUUCCAUGAAAUUAGCUGUGUACAGGCAGUCACUUGAGUCCUGUGCUAUAGGGUUAGGCUAGAACUGGUGCAGGAGUUUGGGUAAUUAGUUUGCAGUUUUCCCCAUCCUGUAAAGAGCUCUUUGCAUGCAGAUGAACUAUCUUAAUAUGUGCUGGUGUUGUAUCACCUUAAGGUGGUUCAGUUAGUUGACCCUUUUUAACAUGUUUGGUCUUUUGGCUUGUAGAUGCUGUGAGCUUGCCCUGGAUGGGUUCAAACUGUAGUUAUGGCUGUGGUGUGUGCUGGUAGCAGAGUUGUACUCCCUCCUCCCAGCCUCUGGGGACUCUUCUUGAGAAGAGUUCAUGCAAUAAUCAACUUAUGGUCACUCAAUACUUGCACACUGCAGUACAGUCUGAAAAGGGUAUGAUUUGGGGGAAAUAUGGACUUGUCAAAAGUGGCACAGAAUCAUUGUAUUCGGGGCUGCUUUUUAUAUUUUUUUCCAAUUUAAACCUUGGCAGCUACAAUUGAUACUAUUUAUGAUGUGUCACAUUGUCUUUCUAUUAAAUGCCUUUAAAAUGG